AUGACGGGUGUAGGGCUCAUGUCAUACUACAUGGGCCUAGAAGUGAACCAGACAGAGGAUGGAAUUUUCAUCUCUCAAGAAAGCUAUACAAAAGAGAUAAUGAAGAUGUUCAACAUACUCGAUUUCCUGCCAGAUAUACUCUUCGCAGUUGGAGUAGUAGGCCGCUUCAUGAAGGCUCCUAGCUCCACUCACUUGAAAGUCGCUAGAAGAAUAUUUCGCUGCGUAAGAGGAUCUUGUACAUGUGACGCUACAGAGAUUUGUAUAGACAACAAAUCCGCACAAGCACUCGCGAAGAUUCCAGUGUGUCAUGAUCGAAGCAAACAUAUAGAUACAAGGUAUCACUUUGUCAGAGAAUGCAUUGCCAAGAAGGAAGUCAAGCUGAAAUAUGUGAAGUCUCAUGAUCAAGCUGCGGAUAUCUUUACAAAGCCUCUCAAGUUUGAUGACUUCCAGAGAUUGAGAUCAAGACUUGGAAUGAAGAAGAAAAAUCAAAAUUAA